UUGACACACAUGAACCGGUUCUGCUAGUUCUGUGGUUACAGCAACUACUGCUUUUUGACAGCUGAUCGGUUCAAUUUAGUAUUUCAGUAAGUUGUGUAUUUGCAUCUUCCACAGAUUUUCUCAAAUGAAUCUUUAUGUCAAGUUGUUCCUGUGCAGCAUAUGCGUUGCUUUCAUUGCGGUCCGAUGGAGUGCUCCGUCAUUUAAUAAGGAGUCCUUGAAGGGUGCCCGGGUCUUGGUGACUGGUGCCAGUACUGGCAUCGGCGAGCAGCUGGCGUACCACUAUGCACGUUUAGGAGCACAACUCGUUAUCACGGCGAGGAGAGGAAAUGUCCUAGAACAGGUUGUGAGCAAGUGCUUGGAAAUGGGGGCUCAGAGGGCUUUGUACGUCGCUGCGGACAUGGCAAAGCCCUCCGAUGCUGACCAUGUAGUGCAGUAUGCCAUCGAACAGCUCGGGGGUCUGGAUUACCUGGUUCUGAACCACAUCGGGCCCAGUCCAUACAAAAUGUGGGAUGGAGAUGUGGAGCACACACGAUGGCUGCUAGAGGUGAAUUUUCUCAGUUAUGUACAGAUGACGCAAAAGGCUUUGCCAACUCUUGAAAAGAGUAAAGGAACGAUAGUUGUUCUUUCCUCCUUGCUAGGAAAAAUUUGUGGUCCCUUUGCUUUGCCGUAUGCCGCAACUAAGUUUGCACUCAACGGUUUCUUUGGAGGCCUCCAGCAUGAGCUAGCAACAAAAAGCAAUGUGUCCUUAACCAUCUGCAUACUCGGCCUGAUCGACACAGAUAGCGCCAUGGAGAAAAUCAAAGGUUACAUCAAUAUGACCGCCUACCCUGCACACGAAGCCGCCUGGCACGUUAUCGAAGCUGGAGCAACUCGACAGUCUGAGGCCUUUUACCCUUGGUACACCUACUAUGCGUGUCUCUUCAGGGAUUGGUUCCCCUACUUCAGGGAUCAAGCGAUUCAAAACUCCUACACAUAUAAUCCACAAGUUAAUAAGGAACCAGUUACUAAAAGCUGACAGUUUCGUGGGAAUCUGUCUGUGGAGCAGGGCAUUAGCGGUUAAUGCAUAUGCUCUGAUACACCAAGCCCUGGUGCUCAUGAGGGUGAGGAUCUUCUCCCUGUUGUUGAAGACUAAAAAUAAAGCUUUAUAAUAAAAUAACAUUUAACCUGCUGAAAAAAAUAUGUUAUGAAGUGAUUCAUAGUACAUCAACCAAGAACGUAUUGCUGCUGUGAAGAUUUAAAGAGUUUAAACAUUGUGUAUUCUCUUACAAAAAUUAACCAUGGUUUUAUUUAACCACAGUUUUACUACAAAUAAAUGGUUAAACUAUAGUUGGUGUAGCAAAACCAUGGUUAAUUUGUGGUUAUCAUGGUUUAACUAGUAACCAUGUUUUCUGGUUUUAUUUGUAGUAAAACCAUGGUUAAUUUUCGUAAAGGUUUUUCUAUGUUCACAAACUUCAUGCACAAUUAACUGUUUAGAAUCUGUUAAAACCAUAUUUCAUGGAAUUAUCAAGGAUGUGAAACAGCAGAUAUUUUGUCUGUUUAGACUUGACUACAUUUUCUCUUUAUAAGUCAGACCACUCUUAACUUACCUCAUGUUUUCUUAUCAGUGAUUUACGCGAUGUUUCUGGCGCGAAUAUCUUGAAUCGGACUCAACAAUAAAUAUGUUCCACUAAAAGCUUGUCUCUUGAGUCUCAUUGAGUGUACAACAUUUGAUAACGUUUUCAAGACCUUUAUGAUGUUUUAAACAAAGAAUUGCG